CCUGUUAGCUAAGAAGGCUAUUGUCACAUAGCUCGCUAAAUCCUCUCAGAAUGAGACCAAAUUCAUGAGAAAAUAUGUGGUAUAUUUCUUACAGAUUGAAGAACAAAGUCAUAAAAUGUCUAUCUCCGCGAAUACGUCAGUGACUAAAACAUUGCGUGUGUAUUUAUAUUACUGUCAUAGCAACGAGCCAUUUGUAUGCAUAUGGCAGAAUAACUGAGGAAGGUUAAGGACAUAUGAACUCUUCAUUUGUCGCUAGCUAAGAGGUGAGAAAAAUCUUGAAAAAGAGCAACAGACAAUGCUACAAAACGUGUUUAAAUAACAUUCGAAAGGAUAUCGAGUUGACAUAGAGACAUCGCCGGAAGACCUGUAAACAUGGCGAAAACACCUGUCAUCGUUGCUUCAGUGGCGAUAGCGGUGUUGUUUCUGAUGGAGGUAGUUGGACUGGCGACACCACACUGGAUGAAUAUCAAAGGCUUGGAACUACAUUUCGGCGUAUUCCAAAUAUGUUUGUCGAAAAUAUGUUUCAACUUUAUCGGUUAUAUGGGAUUUUCAAUACAUUACCUAGGAUUUGCUGCAUGCCAGACCAUCGGAAGUAUCCUAAUGCUUGUAACAUCGAUUUCAGGCAUAGUUGGCGCUACUAACAGCAAAAAACCAGAGAAGUUCAUCGUAAAAAAUCUUGCGGCAUUGUCUUUCACAGCAGCUUUCUUCAUCUUGGCGUCGGUGACCUGGUUCGCUUUGUCGUUUUACAAUAACAUUGAUGCCCUGUACAGUUUGUAUACGUCUGAACCCGUCACUUUGGGGUAUUCCUUCGUCCUGUCCACCGUAAGCGGCAUCGGUAUGUUAGUGCUAGCCAUCGUCUGCUGUGUCAUCGCCCAGAACAUGUCUCCACCCCCAGUGAUCGCCCAAGCCCCUCAACCAGGUGGUCAACCCAUGGUCGUUAUGGCAACAACCAACCAGCAAAUCAUGUAUCAACAUCCGAUCGGCCAUCAACCAAUCACAACUCAACUUCAAGGACAACCCUACGGACACCAGCCAAUCGCUGCUCAACCAAUAGGCUACGGACAAGGAAAUUUCACAAUGCAACCAGCUUAUCUCGGCAAUCAGGUAGUUGGUCCACCACUCGGACAACCUGGAUACGGCCCUACGGGUGGUGCUCCACCUGGAAGUCCGCCUGAAUACCUGCCCCCUCCGGCAUAUAGCGGUCAGCCUUCGGCCAGCGGAAACUACGGUCCUCCUGCUCCAAAUCCUGCCUUACCUGGAAGUUUGAAUGAAAAGCCGCCUUUGUAAUAAAUGAGCAAUCAGUCGUAUAUGCAUAAAUAGAUAUUUUUGGAACAGUCAAAUGACUGUUGUUUUUAAAUUGGUGCAAGUACCUGUUUUAGCAACAAAAGUUCAGAUUUAUUCUCUUGGAUACAAAACAACUAAAGUGGUACAGACAUUUAUAUGAUUGUGCAACCUCAGUUGCUAUGUAGUACCACCUGGUCGUACUUACAUCUCUUCAUUGCUCUGACAAUUCUUCUGUUACAUCAUUCGUGUAUCUGUAAGCAUCUUAAUAUAAAUGUCAGUCAAACUCUAAAUAUAGUAAUGUAUUGAUGUUUAUCAAACACGAACAUGUUUCAAGCAAUAUGUAUCUUUAAAAUCUUGCGAACACACAUGACUUCCAAAGAAGCGGGUUGAUAAUAUUAUGGAUAAAUUUAUGGCCGUCAUCGUGAUCUCAAUUGCUAAAUUCUAAUUAUUUGUGUGGUGUAAAGGCUGAUGUUUUUUAUGUUAAUAAGCAUGUAUUGUUGUUUCGUGGUCUCUUCCUAGGUUCUUGCCAUGAUGACGCAAUGAUACUUUGAUUUGAUUAAGAUGGCGGGCGUCGUUGAUGAAGCAGAAGACGCUUACCCUUCUGGAACGUCUGGUCUUAUUGUCUUCGUCGUUUGCCAGGUCUUCAUGUAAAUCUUCAUUUAGCUCAAAUUUUGCCGUAGUUUUAUAGUUUUAACAGUUUAAGAGUUUCACGGUUUUAUUGACUCUUCGGUAUUGUCUUGGUUAUUUUUGUUUUGUUUUCCAAAGUGAAUACCGGUUUACAUUUAUAUACGGUGAUUAAAGGAAUAUGGUUACUUAGUCAGAACAAUAGACAGAACAUGUAAAACAUCUUGUUGUCUGGACUGUUACUUAAGUUUAAUUUCUCACAUGUAUAAAACACCAUUAGGUGACUUGAUAGCAGAGAACCUAUAUAGACGGAUGGAGAUCUUUGUAGAUAUGUUGGUAAGGCAGUUUCACUCUUCGUGAUAUGCAUUUUCUUUUCGUAUUAUGACACAUGAUACUAAUAAAACAGUGAAUUGUGUUCACUAUACAAAACACAGGUCGACAGUUCUGAAAGUUUAUCACAUGUGAGAUUGAAAAUAAAUAGGCACUUCCUGUUAUGUAUCAUUGCAACAUAGAAUCGACUCCAGCACAGUUUGAUGUAUGACCGAUCAGUAUAAUUCCAAAACUUAUCAAUAACAUGUUGAAUAUUAUCACGUACAACAAAUGUGCCAUAUCUUUACUGUGGAACUGUUGUUGGAAAUUGUUAUUUGCCCCAAUAUUGCAUUUGACCUAGUUUCAUUUAAUAAAUAUUCGUUUUAAUUUUCCGUAAAGGAAACACUUGUAGACAAAAUUGAGAUCUUUGAAUGCCGAUGAUGUCGCGUAGCAACGGUGCAGCAUAGACAAUUUCGCGAUCUUUGUAUGGCAAUGAUGCUGCGUAGACAACAUCGAGGUUUUUGUAUGGCAAUGAUGCUGCGUAGACAACAUCGAGGUUUUUGUAUGGUAAUGAUUCUGCGCAGACAACAUCAAUAGACGUACAUGGCACUGAUGUGUCUGUUAAAUAUGAUAAAUAUUUGUUAAAUGCUGUGAUAUAUGUAUGUUGUAUAAUAAAAUAAUAGAUGUA